UCCAAUGCAACCACCACCUCCUCUGCUUCUCCCAAUUUCAGAGAAGCCCCUGAGUUCUACAAUUCUCCAGAAUGUCUCCCGAUCCCAGAUGAUGAAAGCAGCAACGACCAUGAAGGAUCCUACUUUUGCUCUGAUCAUAUCGUACACGUAGCAAUGACGCUUGAUGCAGCUUACCUGAGGGGAUCCAUGGCAGCCAUCCAAUCGGUUCUCCAACACUCCUCAUGCCCACAAAACGUUGCCUUCCAUUUCGUCGCCUCUGCCUCUGCCGACGCCGUUCACCUACGAAGCACCAUUGCCAAAUCCUUCCCAUAUUUGAGGUUCCAAGUUUACACUUUUGAUGACUCCGCCGUGGCAGGUCUCAUCUCCACCUCAAUUCGUGCCGCACUCGACUGCCCACUUAACUAUGCUCGCAACUACCUCGCUAAUCUCUUACCACUCUGCGUCCGUCGAGUCGUCUACCUCGACUCGGAUCUCGUCCUUGUCGACGACAUCGCCAAACUCGCCGCUACCCCACUCGGUGAUCACUCUGUCUUAGCAGCUCCAGAGUACUGCAAUGCCAAUUUCACCUCUUACUUCACUCCAACCUUCUGGUCUAAUCCUUCUCUCUCCUUGAUCUUCGCCGGUCGUAAAGCUUGCUACUUUAACACCGGAGUCAUGGUUAUCGAUCUCGAGCGAUGGCGUUCUGGGGAUUACACUACCAAGAUUGUGGAGUGGAUGGAGUUACAGAAGCGAAUGAGGAUUUACGAAUUGGGUUCGUUGCCACCAUUUUUGCUUGUCUUUGCAGGGAAUAUUGCCCCUGUAGAUCACCGGUGGAAUCAACACGGGCUCGGCGGCGACAAUUUCUGGGGGCUCUGUAGGGAUUUGCAUCCGGGUCCAGUGAGUCUUUUGCAUUGGAGUGGAAAAGGUAAGCCAUGGGCUCGACUCGAUUCUAAUCGACCUUGUCCAUUGGAUGCAUUGUGGGCUCCUUACGAUCUCCUGCAAACUCCUUUCGCUCUCGACUCCUGAGUCUUGACUCAAGGGA